GGAGCGCGAGCGGCAGGUGCGAGGAGACACGCGUACCCCUCUCUCACGCGCACACAUACUCCCAUACACACACACACGCGCGCACACACGCCACCCACAAAUACACACCUGCCACAAACGCCACCAGCUUUGGACUCUGAGAACUGUUUGAGGACACCAGCGCGGGAAUGAACGCAGACGGGCUGGACGGAGCCGCGAGCGCGCUCCCGUAUGUCGCUGAGGCGCGCGCCUGGCUUGCCCCCGCGCCUGCGCCACGCGCCGCCCACCCGCCGCGCUCAAACCGCACCUCUUCGAGCCCUCCCGCGGCCAAGCCGGGCAGCAGCACAGCUGUGCAGAAGCAGCGGCGCAUCGCAGCCAACGCGCGCGAGCGGCGGCGCAUGCACGGCCUCAAUCACGCCUUUGACGAGUUGCGCAGCGUCAUCCCGGCGCUGGACAACGACAAGAAGCUCUCUAAGUACGAGACUCUGCAGAUGGCACAGAUCUACAUCAGCGCGCUCGCCGACCUGUUGCGCGCGCCCGGCACAUCGCAGGUGCCACCAGCGGCGCUGAGGCGCGAGGACGAGGCGCGCGCAGGCCGCAGCGACGGAGAGCUGUCCCCGCGCUCCCACUUCAGCGACUCUGACGAAGCUCACGCCGAACUGCCCAGCGAGGACGAGCUCAGCGAGCUGAGGGCGCUCGGGCACGGAGCGUUCUGAAGAGAAACACUGACGCAGACUCUGAUGAGCGACCGCGGAGAGAGGCCUGCAUUUUUCGUGUCAAUCGAGGGGCUUGGAGUUCGGGAGUUUGGAAAAGCGCGCCGUCUGUUUCCCACCCGUAUUGAGACCAGCCACGCCCCCUCGCGCUGGGAUUGGUCGCAGUGCACCGCUGCUUUCGCUACAACUGGCCAGCGCUUCGGACUCGACAGAGCGUCUUGCCGGAAUACGGGUGGGAAACGAAAACGACGGUCGCUCCGUUCUUUUCCACAACCAGGCCGCUUCGAGUUUCCGUGUGACUGUUUUACAAUUGCUCUUGAGAAUUUAAAAUGCGCUGUUAUUGUUGUUUUCAAAGACUCUUUCGCCAACAGAAAUAAUUUUUUGCCUUUCCAUAACAUACAAAAUACAAAAAACACAAACCCCACCACGCCACCGCGCAGCAGUGCCAUGGGCUCGAAAGUCACGCAAAGAACUGUCUUCCAUAAACAUGACACUCGUUUUUAUGCUCACGUGAGCUUUUGACAGAACCCGGUUGCUGGUGAUUUGUUUCUGAGCUCUGUAAAGAAUCUGCGACUUCUAAAGUUUACUUGCACUUUAAACACGGGCCAUAGGCUUGAGGAACACGCUUUUGUAACGGGAGGACUUUUGUUUUGUUUUUACGUAGCCUAGUCAUGCCAAUUUGAUGAAGAUAUUUAAUAGGAGCCAUUAGAUGUUUUGUAUAUUUGUUGCUUUUGAAUAAUGGAUUUCAAUGCGAGGUUGUUUGUUUUUUUUUGUUUUUUUUGGCUUCUGCUUAAGUGGUUUAUUUAUUCAUUUUGUUUCACUUAUGUUUUGUUAUUUUAUUUGGAAAUUAGAGAA